UUGAAACAGAUUGUGACUCCCGGUUCUGGAACAUAAUUAUUGUGUCCAAAAAUGAAGUCUGCUUUGAUGGUAGCUGAAAAACCUUCAUUGGCGGCAUCAUUAGCAACAAUUUUAAGCAACGGAAAGUGUUCAAGCAGGAAGGGGUCCAAUAAUGCUUGCUCGGUGCACGAAUGGUAUGGAAAUUUCCACGGAGAGCAAGUAAGGUUUAAAAUGACUUCCGUAUGCGGACACAUUAUGGGCCUGGAAUUUGUAGGCAAGUUCAACUCAUGGGACAAAGUGGAUCCGGCUGAAUUGUUCUCUUGUCCAACUGAAAAAAAGGAGUCCACUCCGAAUCUUCGUAUGCCGGCAUUUUUGAGCCAGGAAGCGAAAGGUUGCGACUAUUUGAUUCUUUGGCUUGAUUGCGAUAAAGAAGGAGAGAACAUCUGCUUCGAAGUAAUGACGGCGGUUUCAGGUGUGAUCCGUAAUGUUCAAUCUGACAGAGUCACGUACAGGGCCAAGUUUUCUGCCAUCACCGAUAAGGAUAUCAAAUAUGCAAUGGACAACCUUAUUCAUCCCAACGAAAAUGAAGCGAAAUCCGUCGAUGCUCGACAGGAACUGGAUCUCAGAAUCGGUUGUGCAUUUACUCGGUUUCAAACGAAAUUCUUCCAGGGUAAGUACGCAGACUUGGAUGCGUCUCUUAUUUCCUAUGGCCCGUGCCAAACACCUACGCUUGGAUUUUGCGUACAGCGACACGAUGAGAUUCAGACCUUCAAACCUGAAAGCUUUUGGUAUGUUCAAGUGACUGUAGGGGAAAAUCCGGAAAUUAAACUCGAUUGGUCAAGGGUCCGAAUCUUCGAGAAAGAGGUUGCCUGCAUGUUUUUGAAUAAAGUUAAAGACCAGAAAGAAGCCUUAGUCGAAAACGUUACAUCCAAAGAAACGUUCAAAAGUAGACCUCAGGCUUUGAAUACUGUAGAACUGAUGAGAGCGGCCAGUUCCGGGCUGGGUAUUGGUCCACAUUCAGCAAUGCAAAUAGCUGAAAAAUUGUAUACUCGCGGUUACAUCAGUUAUCCUCGUACGGAAACUACCCAAUAUCCGGCAAACUUCGAUUUGGUCGGCGUGGUAAAACUUUUCCAAUCGUCUUCGGAAUUUGGAGAGGAAGCCAGAGACAUUCUGCGCGACAUGAAUUCCCCUCGUAAAGGAUCGGACGCCGGAGAUCAUCCUCCCAUUACUCCCAUGAAGUUGGCAUCUCGCAAUGAGCUGGAUGGUGGUGACAACUGGCGAGUAUAUGAUUACAUUGUCCGUCAUUUCCUUGGCACCAUCUCGCGUGAUCUCAAAUACCGACUGACGACCACUAAAUUCAAAAUAGGCACCGAAUUGUUCACCAACACGUCUAGCGUUCUGAUCGAUCCCGGCUAUACAAAGGUAAUGACUUGGCAAGCGUUCAAUAAGAACGAAGUCAUUACCCCGUUCACGGUGAAUGAAAAAGUCAAAAUAAACGAUGUUCGAUUAGUGGAAAGCCAAACGGGACCUCCGGACUAUCUGACUGAGUCUGAGCUCAUUUCACUUAUGGAGAAACAUGGAAUCGGUACGGAUGCUUCUAUACCGGUGCAUAUCAAUAACAUAUGUCAGCGAAAUUACGUUACAAUUGGCGGAGGACGGACGCUGACACCCACGAAUCUCGGCAUUGUUUUGGUUCACGGGUAUCAAAAGAUUGACCCGGAGCUAGUUCUACCCACUAUGCGGACGGCUGUAGAGCAACAGUUGAAUCUCAUAGCGCAUGGCCAUGCGGAUUUCCGUUGUGUUCUCAAGCAUGCUGUUGAAAUUUUCCGCUUGAAAUUCCUUUACUUCGUCCAAAACAUAAGCAAUAUGGACAUUCUCUUUGAAGCUACAUUCUCUUCGUUGUGUUCUUCAGGAAAAGCCCUGUCCCGUUGCGGCAAAUGCCGCCGUUAUAUGAAGUACAUCCAGACGAAACCGGCGCGACUACACUGUUCCCAAUGUGACGAAACAUACACAAUGCCAACGAAGGGCAUAGUAAGGGUUUAUCGCGAGCUAAAAUGUCCACUUGAUGACUUUGAGCUGCUAGCCUGGUCGAACGGAGCCAAGGGAAAAUCGUAUCCGCUGUGCCCAUACUGCUACAAUUAUCCUCCAUUCAGGGACAUGCCCAAGAACUCUGGAUGUAACAGCUGUCCGCAUCCAACGUGUGCCCAUUCGCUGUCCAGCCUGGGCGUGUCCAGCUGUAUUGAAUGUGACCGUGGUGUUCUAGUACUGGAUUGUACCAUGUCUCCAAAAAGUUGGAGAUUGGUAUGCAACUUUUGCGACGUCAUCAUCAAUUGCUUCGACGAUGCCGUGCGAGUUAAUGUCGAAGCCGAUUCUUGUGAAGAAUGUGGAGCGCAACAAGUCACUGCAAUCUACAAAGCCGAAAAAACACCGUUCAAAGAUGAUGUUACCGAUAAGAAAGGGUGCAUUUUUUGCUUUACAGAUUUCAUUCCGCUGGUCGAAAAGCAUAAAGCCGUUGAAAUGCGCCGGGCGCAGGGUGGCAGGGGCAGAGGUCGUAGUGUACGCGGUCGUGGCGGAAAAAGCAGCAGAGGCCGUAACAAGCCACCGAAAGACAAGAUGGCUCAGCUCGCAGCUUAUUUUGUGUAAUAAAAUUAGUAUUCCUUCAACCAGCAUUUAUGAAUGCUGUCAGCUAUCAAUAUAAUUGUCCAGAGAAACUAAAAAUACAGUAGAUUUAUUAUUAUUGUGUUGGCGUAUCUAGCAUAAUACUGAACAAAAUGAAGUAAAUACUU